AUGCUGCGUCGAAAGCUCAUUGAAAACGAUUCGAUGGUCCUUUCGACGUACGAUUCAGAGGUUAUUAAUCUAGGUUUGGAGAACGUGCUGUCGAGAACUUUUAAACCGUCGGCGGACGUGCUGAAAUUCAAAUCGCGGCUAUCAGUUUCGGUUAAUAUCGGGGAUGCAAUAAAAUGGUGGAUUGUCGCUCUGCGUCGCUGUGCCGCCCGGACGCAACUGAGGAGAAAAUAUGCAAACUAUGACGACGGGUCCACCUUGGGUGAAUACUUUGCCGCAUGGGGUGCAUUGAUCCAGACAAAUGUCGGAGGUGCCGAUGACCUAGGCGGUGCCAUCGCUUGGCCUUGCCGCCCCCUGGCUUCGCUUUAUCAGCCUGGUCCUUUCUGCUCGGAACCCUCACAGACCACUGCGAAAUCGACGACUGCGAUGCUGUCAAUUCUCUGCACGCUGGCUGCUUCGACAUCCCUUGUUCUCGGGUAUGGCGUAGGUGGUCUACAACGACGGGCCGGGCAAACCACGGCGACAUGCACUAAGGAUUUUGUUUGGAUGGACAAUGCGCACAACGCAUCACCGUGUCAAGUUGUUGCUCAGUUGGACGCACUCUGUAAUGGCGGCAAUUGGGUUAUCCCUUCCCUCACCUCUGGUCGAUACAACAAUCCCGAUCCGAGUGCUGGUACCGCAACGUUAUGUACAUGUUCAUGGGCUUCCUAUAACCUGAUUAGUGCAUGUACUAUGUGCCAAAAUGCAACUUCGACUGUCGCAAUGUGGGAUGAUUAUUCUUCUAUGUGCUCUGGAAAACUGUCUACUACGUGCGUAUUUUGGUCGUUUUUAGACAUCCCCAAUUUGACUGACUCCACCAAUAGAUACUUCCCUUCCAACUACACGCUUCCUACCGAUCUUACUAUACCAUUCUGGGCUGGGACAGAUCCCACGACCUGGCCCAGCAGACAGUUCAAUGUUGCAAGCGCACAGCAGAUAGCUAGAGAAAAUCACGCCGACUUAGGUCAGGCUCCUCCUCCUUCUAACAAAAAAUCAACAAAUGUGGGUGCAAUAGUCGGAGGUGUCAUCGGAGGUUUGGUAGUUAUCGCUGCCGCCGUCGCCGCUGCGCUCUACAUCCUUCGCCGACAACGAAAGUCUGCUCCUGGCACUGUUCCGCUCUCAGGCAUGCCUGGCCACAUGCGCUCGAUGUCAGAUGUUACUACUUCCUCCCAAGCAUAUACUACCCUUGGAUCUGCACCUUUCAGACCUCCGACGAGCCCCACAAUCUUUACUCAUAACACCAGCGUGCGGUCUGUUCCUUUCAUGAGCUCAGUCGCGCCCACCGCUGCCCCUUACGGAGCGACAAAUCUACCUCCAGUUACCCCACCCGUGACCACUUCACCACCUCCCGGUAAUCGCGUUGAAGAUGUAAUCGAACCAUUCGUUACUCCACCACAACAGGCAAAUAUCGGUCACGACAGAAAACAAUCAAACGGCAGUGGAUUCCCGAUAUAUGACUCUCCUUCUGCUCCUCCGGUCGGAGGAAUGAGAAUGGAUGUCACUCGUCCGACCACGCCCAGCCAAAGCCAAAGAACAGGACGAUAUAAUCCACCAGCCUAUUCGGAAUCUUCACGAAACGGUGGUAAUCGACCCGCCCACCGAGGUAAACAAGCGUCUAGCGACACCCUCCAGUCUCUUACAUCAAGCAGAAACCACGGAGCGCGGACGACACCCGCCCAUAGUCCAAACUCUAGUGCUUCGGGUAUGGCUAACAUAUCUGGGCAGCUGCCUGUAACCAACAAUGAAUCUACCAGCAACCGUGCCAAUACACCCGGCCAUGGCCGCCAAGUCAGCGCUUCCAACGAUUCAAAACGGCAUCCGUCGGGGAGCGAAUCUAUCAGCGGCCGGGACAUCGCCUAA